AUGUCAUUUUCUAGUGGUCGAGGAAGCGGUCUAGGAAGUGGUCGAGGAGGUGGUCGUACACCCAUUCAACCACCCCUAACACAUCAUUCUACAGAAAAUUUGGAUGACGAUGACGAGACCCAGGCACCGUCAUCUCCAGAAACUGAAUGGGAUGUUGUAACGACACAAGAUGUAGGUGAAAAGAGCUCUAUAAGCAAUGAGUUGGACCCCGCUUCACUUUGGUUUGAUGAUGGCAAGGUAACCCGAGCAAUCACAGAUGCAUUUCAACAGUACUUCAAUUUCCCGUGGAGAAAUUGGACGCAAACAAGCCAAGCAGCGAAAGAUCGGUGGUUCAAUAUGUUUAAGGUUUAUAAUUUAUCUAUUCAGAGUAAGUUUACAUGGAAGCCAGAGUUGGACAAAAAAGUAAGAAAGGGUUUUAAUAGAAAAGGAGGUAAAAGACUCAGGGACUUGCAUCAUUGGGUGACGGUAGUGAAGAAUCCCAUUAGACCUAACUGGAUGUCUGAAGAUGUGCACGGGAAGAUGCUGAAAUUCGUUAAAGAAGAUCCUAAAUUCAAGAAGAAAUCAGCACAAGCAAAGAAGAACAAAAGAGGAGGCUCGGAGACUAACAAAGUGGUACCUGGACAUUGCCAAGGGUCAGUUUCUACAAAUGAAUAUGCAAAACGAAUGGCUGCACAAAAUGGCGGAAUCUUACCAAUAGCUGCUGAUUUGUACUUGAAGACGCACUCAAAGGAAAUGGCGGGUAAGGGCAAAGAACUUUGUUGUGACAAAUCAAAAGAUCUCAUGGGUGCUUAUGAUAAGAAGAUGGCUGAAUAUAAGGAGAAAGGAAUCAACAAGAAUCCCAAUGAGGUGUACUUUGAUGUUGUUGGCGGGAGGAAGAAGGGAUUAAUUCCUGGUUUGGGUACUGGUGGUGAUAUAUUCUACAAAAAACCAUCAAGUCGUGCUGACAAGUCUUCUAGUGUCUACACACCUUCACUUCUUUCACAACUUUCAACACGGAUGGAGCAAUUUCAACAACUACUGGUAGAGCAACGAGUAGAAUUAGAGAGGCAGAGAAGUGAGUGGGAGAAAGAACGCUUUGAGGUGGAAAAAGUGAGACAAGAGGAAUCGAGAAAGUUCAAUGAAUACCUUGUUGAGAUGCGCAAGGCAAUGCAAGAUUAUUCUCAGAUGUUUUCUCAAUGUGGAGGUUCGUUCCCUUUCUCUCAACCCCAUGACCCACGAGACCCGUCUGGUGGAGGAACUCUAGGACCGUGUGCUGGUUAG